CACACGGGGGACGAUGCAGGCUCACGUUGCUGCAGCGACACUGUGCUUUGUGAUUCUCGGAUACAUCAACGUUGCAGUAUGCGAGGGCCCUUGGUGCUAUGUCUGUGACAAGGCCGUGAAACCUGGUUCCUGUGGGGAGAUUGUCAAGUGUAGCGACGACGAACAAUGCUAUGCUUCAUCGACGGGAGUCAGCCCGACACAGUACACGGCUGGGUGCAAAAAGAAACAGUUGUGUCAAGGUACAGGGUCGGUGGCAGGGGGCAGCAGCCCACACAGCUGUGAGGAAUGCUGUUUCGGGGACCACUGCAACUCAGACCUGUGUGGCGGACUCCCUGUUCCAAAGGGAGGUAACCGCCUGUGUCUGCAGUGUGAGGCAGUCGAGCAUCCCAGCCAGUGCACGACAGCGUCCAAGUGUGGCCAGGAUAAGUAUUGCUCCAUUUGGAAGAAGACACGGUUUGAUUUAACGUUUUUUGACCUUGGCUGCCUGGAGAAGUCGCAAUGUGUCGGCCACAUGAAAGGUGUUGACCAGCUGGUACAUGAGGGCUUCAUAUGCUGCAAUGAUGACUUCUGUAACAGCCACGAGAACAACGACCACCUGACACCAGCACCAACUUCACCGACAACAACUACAUCUCUGCCUACAACAACAAUAAGAACGGGAAACAUAAAAUGCAAAAUGUGUCCGUACGCUGAACAGCCAUCAUCAUGUGAGAGUGAGACAGAGUGUGGGCCUGACCAGUAUUGUUCAGUGAAAAAAGUCUUCCAAUUUGGGCAGACCUUCUAUGAUCUUGGAUGUGAAGAGAAAACGGAGUGUGUUGGUCACAUGACGAUUUUGGGUGAAGACGGGAUCCGCUGUUGUAAUGAGGACCUUUGUAACGCUGACGCGAAUCCAGUGACUGGGAGUACAACACCGGCAGCUACAGCUCCUGCAACUGCUGAAACAUCAACAUCAACAGCCAAGACAUCUUCUCUUCCACCAACGACUACAAUCAGAACAGGAAACCUGAAAUGUAAAAAAUGUGGGUUCGUUCCACAGCCAUCCUCUUGUCAGGAGGAGACAUACUGCGGGCCAGACCAGUAUUGUUCAGUGAGAAGAAUCUUCCAGUUGGUCAUGACCGUCUAUGAUCUUGGAUGUGAAGAGAAAACGGAGUGUGUCGGUCACAUGACGACUUUGGGUGAAGACGGGUUCCGCUGUUGUAACGAAGAUCUUUGUAACGCUGACGUGAAUCCAGUGACUGGGACUACAACACCGGCAGCUACAGCUCCUGCAACUCCUGAAAGUUCAACAUCGCCAACAAACUCUUCUCCUCUUCCCACUAUGGCUCCUCACAUAUUGAACACAAACCAGACUGUGAACGCCAUCUUGGGUACAACUGUUCUUCUGUUGUGUAAUGUAACCGGCAACCCUGAGCCUUCCGUCACGUGGACAUACGACAAACAGGUGAACCCUAACGCCCACCCCAGAGGAUCGACGUUGGCUAUAUCGUCCGUGAACGAGAAGAACGGGGGCAUCUACAGAUGUGUCGCUAACAAUACACUAGGAACCAAGGAGGGCAUAGUUCAUCUGCAUGUCACAGAGCCCGUUUCUGUGAAAGCUGUGCCUCCUAUUAUGGUGAUCACCCCUCUGAAACCUCUUCGGCUGAAAUGCGUGGGAGAAGGAAUUCCUACACCUAAAGUUACCUUGAGUAAAUACGGCGAAGAUAUCAGCGCUGAUAAAUCCUAUCAUAAUUUGGGUCCUGCUGAGUUCCUGAUCAUCGGAAUCACAGAGGCCAACAUGUUGAAGUACGACGGUGUAUACGUGUGUAACGCUACAAAUGGUCAAACAUCAGCUACAGCCAACCAGAUAGUUGCGGUCAAUGUUACAGAGAUGCUUGGAGAGAACCACCCAUUUGAUAAUAUCAGCUCAACGCCAUUGAAAGCAUUCCAUGCCUUUUGUACGCCUGGAAGUAUGGUUCCUGACGCGUCUCCCAUCACUACUGAGUUUGACCUGAGUGAGCCAAUAUGCACCUCAGCAAGGAAAGUAGGGCUUAUUCACUCGGAUGCUGGCACGGUCACGUGGCUUGUCAGGCCUGAUGGCAAAGCACAGUUCUUAAAUGGAUCCGUGAAUGUGGAUUUUGAACACUUUAGUUCCACUGCAGUCUCCCCGGCAUCAACAACCGGUUCUUCACUUGCGUCAUCAGCAGCUACAUCUACUCCACCUCUGACUGCCCCCGAUAUAUUAAACCCAAACCAGACGGUGAAUGCAGCCCUUGGGAAAACUGUUCUCCUAUUCUGUAAUGUGAGUGGCAACCCGACCCCAUCAGUCACCUGGAUAUAUGACCAGUCGGUAAACCCUAAUGCCCACCCAAAGGAAUCAACGCUGGCCAUAUCGUCCGUUUUGAAGAACAACGAAGGGGUGUACAGAUGUGAAGCUAACAACUCACUGGGAACAAAAGAGGGUGUUGUCCAUCUGCAUGUUACAGAACCUGUAUCUGUGAAAGGGGAGCCUGCCAUAGUUGUCAUCACCCCAGGAAUGAGGUUUGCCAGAUUGAAAUGCGUAGGAGAAGGAAUUCCUCCACCUUCAGUUACCUUGAGUAAAUAUGGCGAAGAUAUCAGCGCUGAUAAAUCCUAUCACCACAUAAGUUCUGCGGAGAUACUGAUUAUGGGAAUCACAGAGGCCAACAUGUUGAAGUACGACGGUGUAUACGUGUGUAACGCUACAAAUGGUGAAACCUCAGCUACAGCCUACCAGAUAGUUGCGAUCAAUGUUACUACGCCAGUCGAUGGGCAGGUUCCAUUCAGCAACAUCAGCACCACGCCCUUGAAGGCAUUCCAAGCACAGUGUCCAUCAGGCCACACCGGACCAGAUGGAUCUCCCAUUACUCGCGAGUUUAACCUGGAUGAAUUUAUAUGUGCGUCAGCCAGAGAAGUGGGUGUCAUCGACACAAAUCCAGGCCCGGUAACGUGGGUCAUCCGACCUGAAGGCAAGGCACAGUUUCUCAAUGGAUCUGCCAAUGUGGACUUUGGGAUUGUUAACUCCACAGCGGUAAUCACGACACCAUCAACAUCGUUGAGCUCAAGUGCAACUAUAGCGCCAACACAGUCUUCCUUGCUGUCACUGCCGCCUCUGCCAUCCACCAUGUCAAACAUUCACAAUGUGGUAUCUUUGACAACACCUUUAAUGGUCAUGACCCCCUCAUUUGUAACACAUGUCCCCUUAAACUCUAUACAAACUAACACCCAGUCAGGCAACAUAAUCAGUUCACAUUCAUCCUUUGAUGUAAUACCAACCUCUCAAAGCCAGUUUCUGCCGCCUGUUGCUUCUUCAAAGGUAGCGUUGACUAUGAUGGCAACAAGUUCCUUAUCACAGUCAAUGGCAAUGACCUCACUCCCUUCCAGUGUAACAUCUUCAUCACAGGCAAGUGCAGGUACUUAUGCUUCCUCUAGGGGCGUGUCCUCAUCUGGGAUGACAUCAAGUAGCCCAUCACCUUCAAUGGCAAUGACCUCACUCCCUUCCAGUGUAACAUCUUCAUCACAGGCAAGUGCAGGUACUUAUGCUUCCUCAAGGGGCGUGUCCUCAUCUGGGAUGACAUCAAGUAGCCCAUCACCUUCACUGGCAAUGACCUUUCUUCCUUCCAGUGUAACAUCUUCAUCACAGGCAAGUGCAGGUACUUAUGCUUCCUCUAGGGGCGUGUCCUCAUCUGGGAUGACAUCAAGUAGCCCAUCACCUUCACUGGCAAUGACCUCACUCCCUUCCAGUGUAACAUCUUCAUCACAGGCAAGUGCAGGUACUUAUGCUUCCUCAAGGGGCGUGUCCUCAUCUGGGAUGACAUCAAGUAGCCCAUCACCUUCAAUGGCAAUGACCUCACUUCCUUCCAGUGUAACAUCUUCAUCACAGGCAAGUGCAGGUACUUAUGCUUCCUCAAGGGGCGUGUCCUCAUCUGGGAUGACAUCAGUAGUGGCAAUGACCUCACUCCCUUUCAGUGUAACAUCUUCAUCACAGGCAAAUGCAGGUACUUAUGCUUCCUCAAGGGGCGUGUCCUCAUCUGGGAUGACAUCAAGUAGCCCAUCACCUUCACUGGCAAUGACCUCACUCCCUUCCAGUGUAAAAUCUUCAUCACAGGCAAGUGCAGGUACUUAUGCUUCCUCAAGGGGCGUGUCCUCAUCUAUGAUGACAUCAAGUAGCCCAGCACCUGCUAUAGAACCUACCAGCACGAUAUCGUCAUCACAGUUAAGAACAGGUGUUUCUUCAUCAUCUGUGGCAUUGCCAAGUGUAUCACCCACCUUCCAAAUGUCUGUUUCAGCUCCAAGCGUGUCGUCAGGAGCAUACCUUCUUUCCUCACAAAGCUCACUGAAUAAACACAUUUCUUCCCAUCCCACAGCAUCUCUAUCAGGUCCAACGUCAUUUACUCCUUUCCUCUCAUCACCAACAUCCAGCUUGAUGUCGCUUCCAGUUGCUGCUGCUUCCAUCACACAAACGUCUAUUACUGGCUUACUGUCACAAAUUAUCUCCCCUUCCUCCUCUGCAAUGACCACCGGCCAGUCUACAGCCAGACCAGGAACCUACAGACAAGAAGCAACCACUGAAGCAACAACGGUCACUACAACAGAACCAAGAGUUGCACCACACAUUCCAAACCCAAGUCAGAGCGUCAAUGCAUUUACGGGGAAAGACGUCAUUCUCUCAUGUAAUGUCACAGGGGUGCCUGAACCAAGAGUCACGUGGUAUUAUGACAAACAGAAUAUUUUCAAUGCUAAGCCAGACGGGAACAACCUAAGACUUGCCUAUGUAACUAAGGACAACAGUGGCGACUACACCUGUGUGGCUGAGAACAACGUAGGGCAAGCCAAUGGAACCGUACAUGUACAGACACACGAGCCGCUGACAAUAUCUGCAAAGAAACCAAUUGUCAUUUUGGAGCCAGACGGUUUUGGAAACGAGAUGGAGUGUGUAGUCGAAGGUGACCCGGCUCCUAAAGUUACAUGGAGCAAAUAUGGAGGGGUGGACUUGUCUUCUGACCAGACAGUUGUUGACUUUGGAGAUGGGGAGUUGCUCUUGACUGGCGUCACCAAAGCAAAUCUGGAACAAUAUGAAGGAAUAUACAUCUGUCAGGCUGAUAAUGGGAUAUCUUCAAACAAGGCCUACGUCGUUGCUGCUGCUAACAUUUCGGAGUCAAUGGACAGUAGUAAGAAGUUUAAUGAAUUCAGCAUGAAAUCAGGAGCGGCUUUACAUGCCACGUGUGUUCCUGGGACAGUAGACGCUGAUGGUUCACCACUGUCAACCACAUUCGGACCGAGCGACUCUAUAUGCGAUUCAGCGAGAAGGGUUGGCGUACUUGCUAAAGACUCUGGACCUGUCACGUGGUUCAUAAGACUCGAUGGCAAGGCUGAGUUUGUGAACGAGACGAAAGGAGCAGGAUUGUCCAUGGCUGACGCUCUUACAACACGAGAUACACCGAUGUCAGACCCACCAAGUGCAGCAACUACAGUUAUAGCACCUCUCACCUGUGAAACAUGUUCUGGUGGUACGUGUGGUAUAUUCCCGGGAAAAGACACCCCGUGUUCAAUCAUGACACCCUUCUGCAUGAACACUGUUAUUGUCAAGAAGGACGAGUCGAGAAUAGUCACGAAAAGCUGUGCUUCUUCCGGCGACUGUGAGACAAAAUGGUGGCAGCAAACAUCUGACCAAGACAGAUGUACGAACAUGCAGCCUGGAAACCCCUACAUGGAAGACUUCACCUGCAGCUACUGUUGCACCACACCGGGAUGUAACAAGGAUGUGUUCCCUAAGAAAGACACACUGUAUAAAGGGAAUGCUUAGAGACAGAUAUGUAUGAUAUGUGUGGAAACACAGCAGUAUAUCGUUGUUGUACUAUGUAAUGACACAUGUUUGUAGAAGAGUGGAGGUGUAAUGGCAUUUGAGAAAUGAAAUGUAAGAGCAUCCCCACAUAAUAUAUGUGUGAAAAAUCGUUCAAACUGAUUAUGUAUGAAAUGUAUUAUAUUUGACACUCAAAGUAUAUAAGCGAACAGAUGACAACGUUAGACAGAAUGGUAAAAAGCCAUAAAUUGGUUCUUAAAUACAAACAAGUUCGAUGGAAAAUAAAUCUUAUUCAUCAGGC